CAAACGGUUAAUUAAAACGUAAACAAAAAGAACGCCACCGUUCGAUAAGUUGCAAAUAUCAAAUAUUUCGCCUACAAAAUGCAUAAAGCAUCCCAGGUUGAUAACAAAUUCAUCGAUAACCAUCUGAGAAGAUGUGCUAAAGUGCUAUUUCCCGCUGUCCCUUUGCGGGUAAACAUCGACAGUGUUGGAAUACGUAAACCGCAAAUGUUUUACACGAUUGUUGAACAGAUUGAUCUUCAAAAUCUCAUACAAAUAAGAAUGACACAAGUAAACGAUCAUUCCAGAAUGUUCGUUAGCACCAUUGACACCGCAGCAUACGAACAGAUAAGAACCGAACAAUCCUUACAUGUAACAUUCCAAGGGUUCGUCGAUCAUCUGAUUAAAAUUCUUGAUAGUUGCAAAAGGGAAGAAUUACAUCUAGCUCUAGAUACGGAAAACAAUUGCCAUAUGCUGCAAAUCUUUGAAAAGAGCUCAUUCAAAAAUUUAACGCAUUUGUUACUUGCAAUGAAAAACGCACCAACCGAUACUGUCCUUUUUCACAUAAAUCAAUCACUUCAAAUGCUUCAAGAACAGACCUCUGCAUAUACAUCCCAAGUGCAGAAGUACCAGAUCGAGAUGAGUUCCAAAGAUGAUGCCAUCGGAAAACUGCAAGCAGAAAUUACGUCGUUGAAUGGGAAAUUAAGGGAACAAGAAAACAUGAUUUUCAACAGAAACUCUGAAGAAGUUACUCGUCUGCAUCAAACGAUUAAACAUUUAACUGAAAACAAAGAUGCGGAAGAAAAGCGGUUGAAAUCUAUACUUCACAGCAUGCAAGAGAAAAUUGACCAAUUAACACAGGAAACUUAUGACCGCACAGAACGUAUGGUGCAGGAAACAAAACGUUUUGAAAUCAUACGAGAAGAUAAUAUAAAGCUCCGUAGUCAAAAUGCGCAAAUCAAGGAAGAAUUGGAACGAAUACAGGCUAACGUUUCAUCACAACAAAGCCGAGAAUCUAGAUCAGAGAUCACUAUUGCAGAAUUAAGGCGUCAAGUGGGGGAACUGCAGAGCAAACUAAAGAUAUCCCAAAAGCAAAGGUCCGAAUUGGAAGCUGAAUUAGAAGCGGAGAAAAAUAUAUGCCACACUAAAAAGCAUGCAUUGCAGCUGACGACCGACGAACUAGCAAAUGCGUCUUCGGUUAUCAAUAACCUCAACAAGGAGAAUGUUAAAUUGCAAAGCAAAAUCGAUCUACGUACUGAAAUAGCGAUGCGCCAAGAGAAAAUGUUGCUGGAGAAAGAAAAACAAAUAAUGGAACUAAGUAAUACGGUAGCAGCGAUACAGCAGGAACACGAAAAGAAUAAAUCUUGUAAUGAAGAGUAUGCAGAAACGAUCAGACGCAUCAAAGAAACAACGGAUUUAAUAGAGGAAAAGUACCGAAAAAAAAUUAACGACUUGAUACUGCGAAUCACAAACAGUCAACCUGUUGAAGCAACAUCUGUAUUAAGUUGUCAAGGAAGAUACUUUCGACCUCAUAAUAGAGUAGAAUAA